CGAAGAAUGAGAUUAGCCAACUGAUUCCUCAGUAUUUCAACGGAAUCAGAAUGCCUCGCGGAGGGUUCACCAAUGGUUUUCUUACGGCUGCAGCCAUCUCUGCAAUAGUUGGCACAGCCGUGGCCCGUCAAGCAGCCAAAUUUACCAAGAUAGACUCGGGCUUCUUGCGCUACCCUCCACAUAUCAAAUCCCGAAAGGUAAUGAAAACUGACCCGCACUUGGCUAAAGGAUUUCUGGAUGCCAAAGAAUUCAAGAGCUUGCCUUUGGUUGAAAAGGAUCAACUAUCUCCCAACGUUUAUCGAUUCGUGUUCGCUUUGCCCAAUUCCAAGGGAGUCAUUGGACUUCCUAUCGGACAACAUGUAGCUAUCCGCGCACUUGUUGAUGGUGCGACGGUAUCUCGGUCAUACACUCCGGUGUCAAACAACUUGGACCUCGGUCGCUUGGAGCUAGUCGUCAAGUGUUACCCUGAAGGUCUGCUCACUGGUCGGUACCUCGCCAACUUAAACGUGGGAGAUGAAGUUGAAUUCCGGGGUCCCAAGGGAGCGAUGCGUUACAACAAGGGGCUCUGCACCAAGCUCGGCAUGGUCGCUGGAGGAACAGGUAUCACACCUAUGUAUCAACUCAUCCGUGCCAUCUGUGAGGAUGAGAGGGAUACGACUGAGAUCAGUUUGAUCUACGCCAACCGGACGGAGGCAGACAUCUUGUUGAGAGAGGAGCUAGAGACUUUUGCGCGCAAAUAUCCCAAGAACUUCAAGCUUUGGUAUAUGCUGGAUAGUGCUCCAGAUGGUUGGGCCUAUGGAACUGGCUUUGUGAACCAGGAAGUCCUUAGCCAACAAUUACCGGGUCCAUCCGAGGAUACUAAAGUCCUCUUGUGUGGGCCUCCUGGUAUGGUCAACGCGACCAAGAAGACGUUGGCGGCCAUGGGAUUCCAAAAGGCAGGAGCGGUGUCAAAGACGAGCGACCAGAUUUUCUGUUUCUAAUUCUUAUCCUUAUCUUUGACUUUCUCUUUAAAUUCUCUCUCUCUCUCUCUCUCCCCGUCCCUUCCUGUGGACUUGGGUUUCUAUAGGCAGCUUCAAU